CACAAAAUAGUAACGAACUAGGACAAUAUUUUAGCCAAGUAUCGUUGUAGUACAAAAUAGUCGUCGGAAAAAUGUCAGAUGGUGGCGAUUCCUACUUUUCGCGCCUUUUCUCUCUCAUCAACAACUUCCUUCCUAGUCCUUUCACCGAAUUGGAGCUGAUUUCAUUAACAACGGAAAAAGAGAAGGAGCUUCUCAUUUCUCUCUCUCAGAUUUUUAACCUAAUUCGACGCUGGACUGAUGAACAACAAGAAGACAGUAGCAGUAGUGACAGUCGGAGCUCCGAUUCGUGUUGUGGAGAUGACGAAAUUCUAACUAAGAUAGUUGCAAAUUUGGUUUCAUUACUAAAUGCCAGGAGUCAAUAUGUUCGUCAUAUGGUGGGCAACAUAUUUCUGGUCUUCUCAGAGUUUCUUCUAUCCUACGUAUGGUUCCAUUAAUGCAAUUUUUGUGCAACGUAUCAGUUAUAUGUGAUUAUUCUGAAAAUUAUUGGUUGGUAGUCUGUAUGUAACAGGGAGACAACUGGGACAGGUUUAUUCACCUGUUAUGUGUUUGCUUUGAGCUUGCAAUGAGUAAUAUCGUACAACAUUUGCCACAAUCCUUGACGACUGAAGCUGACAACUCUAAGUCUGUUGUAUCAAACAUGAAACUUGUUUUGAAGAACUCAACUUAGAAUGGUGUAGCUGAAAUUUUACGAAUUUUAAGGGGGGUCGUAAAACAUUUGAAGGGUACAGAUGGUGAUGAACUUGUGAAAUUAUUCUCCAAUUCUUUGAGUAAUUGUCUGACGAAUGUUCCUUGGGAUUUACUAAAUGUAAUCCACCAUGACAGCACCCACAACAAAACCAAAUUUGGAGGUUCUUAUGGAGAGGCAGCAGAAAAAAUCCUCUUUAUGGGAAAUUUUGUUCAGCUGCUCUGCUCUGUAGUUGAUCUUAUAGGCUCUACUGAUGGAGCUGAUUCUCAUUUUAAAUCCGCUAUUCUCCAUGAGAUCAAUGAUCUCGUUCCUAGAUUGUUAGUGUGGUGUCAUGUUGAAGAAUGGAGCCAUAUCUUUCCAUAUUUCCAGCACAAAAUUUUGAUGUUGAUGGUAAAACUCAGCUUGAGUAUGCAACUAGGUUGUUCGAUUCUCAUUCUGUGGUUGCAACUCCUUCAUGAACACUAUCAGGAUUUACUCUCAAGUCCCAUCUCUCAGUUUGCAUGUGGUCAGAGUGAUACUUUGGAAGGCUCUCCUUUUUUGUUGUCUCUUGAUGACCAGGAAUUAUGUCAUCUGUCUUCGUACCAUCUACAAAGGAGAGCUAUUUUUCUUUUCCUAAGAUGUUCUUUGAGCUUGAUGAGCCUCGCAAAAACAGAUGACUUCCAAUGUACUUGUGAAAGGCCAAGCUCAUUUACCGUAUUUGAUAUGAACAUAGUCAAAGAAUGCUUUGCCAAAAAGAAGGGGCUACUUCAGUUCUAUGAGUGGCUUCAAGUUCACUUUCCUUCUAUCGUGACCGAAAAUGAGUUAAAAUUGGAUAAGUGCAUCAAAUUCGCUUCAUCCUUCAUCAAAUUUUACAUGCAAGAGGAUGAUAUGCUAUUUGGAGUACUCUUGCAGAUGUUUACUAUACCUUCAUGGGCUGAAAAACUGUUUUCCAAAGAGGGAAGGCCUUGUCAUGUCACUGAGGAGAACAUUCUUUUUCAUGUCUCCAACCUUUUUAAUCCUUUGCUUCUGUUUCAUGUAUUCCUUGCAGAACUGCAAUAUGAUCAUCAACUGCUUCUUGAUUAUCUUAUUUCGAAAGAUAUGGGUGGAAAGUGUGCUGAAUAUCUUUUAAGGUGCUUGCGUAUCGUAUGUGAUUCGUGGGAAUUGUUUUUGAAGUAUUCUGGUAGAGAAUUUCUUGUUUACCAAAGUAUUUGUCAAAGGGGCUGCAAGAAAAGAAGGGUAUCUCCUGAUGAAUCUUCUGUUGGGCAGAUAGAUACUCCAUUGGAAAGUGGGCUCGCCUUUGAGCAAAACCAGUUAGAGUGCAAUCUGGGGAGGUGUGAAAGCCUACAAUUUGAGGAUGCUAAAGGAUGCUUGCUUUCUCUCAAAAGUGCCCUGAGAAAGCUUCAUAGGAGGAAGUUGUUUCCAUAUAAUCCAGAAGUUCUAAUGAGACGGCUAUCUAGGUUUGAGGAGCUCUGUGAUCAACUUCUUUAGACUUUACAACUAUUAAGGCUGAUUGGAUGAAAGGCAUUGUGUUCGAUUGAUGUGCAACCCCUUUCUCCAUUUGUAAAUGGUCAAGCUGCAGGCAGAAUUUGAUGUUCCUGGAAAAAUUGGGUGGAUAAGUUUAUGUUUGAGGAAUUGGCUGUCAUGCCAUCUCUUUCGUUGCGCUUACUGUUUGGCUCAAGAUUGCUAUCCAUUGUAAUUCAUGCCUGAAAGGUGAUGGCACAAAAGUAUAUUCAUGCUUAAGCAAUUUAGAGUUUUAGACCUUUCAAGCUUCGGAAGGUGGGAGGACUGUAUUCAAAAUUCAACUUCUCGGUGCUUGCUGUGGUAAUAAUGGAUUAUGUGUUGAUAGAAUCAGGAAAGGAAGGGUGUGCAUAAAUUGAACCCCAACCUGCACUGAUGCCAAGGACAAAUCUGGGGAGUCGUAUGUCGUUAUGUCUAGAACUGUGUGUCAAACUAGAAUUCUUCAGGAUCCGACUCAGCAAUAUUGAAGUAUGUAAGCAAGAACUAACUUCUAGCCUUUUUUUUUAAAAAAAAAAAUAUUAUUUUUAUAUCCACUAUGAUGCACUAUUUUAAAUCCUUCUCCUAAACAAAGGAUGGUGGCGUAUGAUUCCCGGCACAAAUGCAGUAAGUAAAACUCCAACUGAACACUUUUUCGGGGCUUUUGCCAUGGCAACAGUAGCUCUGCAGCAUCCAUUCCUCCUUUGCUGUGCCCAACCAGAACUACCUUCUUACCAUGCCAUGGAUACCAAAGGCUUAUUAGUCAAGUUAUUAUACUCUUGAUAUGUUGAAGGUGUGAACCUCUUUCAUUGGCGUCAUGUUGCCGCCAGAGGCUGUGUGGCCCAUUUGUAGGGCUGUUACCCUAUGUUCUGCUUUGUUUAUCAAGGCUUUGAGCUUGUACCAGCACCAUACCCCAUGCCUUGAACUAGAAUAAUUGUCUUCCCUGUUUUGUAGCCUCCAUUUUUCUUCUGAAGGUGCAAUACUUUUGCAGCCAUGAACUAGAACACUUUUGAAGCUAGUUAUGUUCGACACCAUUUGCCUUGAACUUUAUCACUGUUUGUACAAAAAAAAAAAAAAAAAAAAGAAUAAAAUAUCAGCAUUCUUCAAUUUUCGAUGGGUUAAUGAUUGAGUUUUCUUAUAUUUUGUAUGUCAA